GUCAUAUAAAGACCAAUCAACUGUGUUUUGCUCUUGAAGUCUUAUCGGUACAUUCGAUCGAAUUAGUUCUCGCAAGAGUUUCUUUAGUGAGGUGAUAUCUUAAACUAUGAAGGCGACGAAAUCGAGAAGCCAGUUGACCAGUUUACUGAUUUGAUGCCAGCAUUUUCCAAAGUUUGCAGGGUAUCUAAUUCCUGCGUCGUUUCAUGUUUGUGCACAAUUUGAUCUGACUUUGGAGGAGAUAGUCAAGGAAUUGAAGCUAGUUAUAAAUGAGUUCGGCUUCUGUAACGAAAACUGUGGCAAAGAAAUUGAAGUACUAUCUAGAUGUACAAAGGAGAGAAGACGGUUUUGAUUUAUCAGGUCCAUUUCAUCCUAGAGAAGAUCCAAUUCCACUGAGAGCUGGUCCAACUUUGGACUAUGAUGGGAUCCAUGACAGGAGCUUAAAACACUAUUUUCACAGUCCUAAAAUUAGGAGACAUUUACAAAACAUGCACACGGUAAAGGACCAAGACUCUAGGGAAGGUUCUGUUAGGAACUUUGUGGAUCAGACUAUGGCAUCUGUAGACUACAGACUGAAGCCUGGGCCAAUCUCACCGUAUGCUUUGCCGCAGACUGCUCCACAACAACCUCCUGCUCAUCGACCACAUGCUACAAUGUCAGUUGAUCAGUACAUGAAGACAAAGAGGGGUGCUAAAAGAAGAAAAAUCCCUCCAAAUGUUGUUGGAAGACCAAGGAGAAUAGCAAGACGAUCUCCUCCCCAGCAUGUCAGCCGAGAUGAAAGGGAAAGACUAGUUAACAUGGCAACUAAGCUGAUUGUUGCCACGGAAACAGUAGCUCUACCUGCCACCAAGAAACAAAGCAAAGGGUUUCAGGCAUCGGACAAGGAAAUACCAAGACUUCAAAGGGAGAAGCAAUGCCGUGCAGCAACAGAGUCUCUCUCCUCAGAUUCUGAGAGUUCUCAAAGAAUUUCAAGACGUCCUUCUCCGCCAAAGCCCAAACCUAGAUCAGCUCCACCAAGAAGACCAGAGUCAGCAUUUUUCAAGUCCUCCCCAACUGGAAGAGAUGGAAAGAAACUCACUAGGAGUGGUGUUCAUGUUGUACUCCCGGGAGGAUCACAAAGUGAUGAUGGUGAUGAGCGACUCAGAUCCCUUAUUGGACGCAUGAAUUUAGAUGGACGCGGUAGCAGUAUUAUGGCAUCACAUCACCGACCAAAAGACUUGCGACCUAAGAGUGCUGGUUUACCACUGAAAUCACAGGCUGUUGGACCAGAUGAAGAAAGCUAUGAUGAUGAUGAACUUGAAAGUGUUGGAUCUCAAAAAUUAUCAUCAACACAUACGCCAAGGAUGUCAUGGAUGGAAAUAGAACAUGACAUGAUUGAUAUGUCAACACAGACAGUUGUCCAUUCAGGUACACAAACUACUAAACAAACUGAUAAUGAUGAUAAUGAGCAAGUUGAGCGGCAUAUCAUCCUACCUCCAAGACUGUCUCCAAUCGUAAGAGACAGCUCAGAGAAAGUCAAAGAGGUGGGUGUCUCUACAAUCACGGCAACACGAGGUGCCAGUACCACAGACGUACCAACAUCCACCCCUCUCUCAGCCGAGACACAAACAAGGAACAGAGACCUGGAACCCAAAGUGCUAACGUAUGAAGUAUAUAUCCUGACUGGUGAUAAACUGGGUGCUGGUACCAAGGCGACGGUCAAGUUAACAAUGUUUGGAGAGUACGGCAACUCAGGCGAGAGGCAGCUGCUGCGAUCCAGAACACACAGAACAAAGUUUCAAAGAGGACAGGUGGAUAUCUUCGUCGUAGACUCUGUCUUUCUUGGAAAGAUGUCGAGUAUCAGAAUUGGUCACAGCGAGACUAAACUUGGUUAUGGCUGGUUCCUGGACAAGGUGUUUAUCAAGGAAGGACCGGAGGCGACAAGAGCAUUCGAGUUCAGUUGUAGCAGAUGGUUAUCGUCACGAGAUGAUGAUGGGCAAAUUAUUCGAGAUCUUCCAACCUCAGACGUCAUUCCAGCAUCGCAUCUUGUUGCGGUCUUACCAAGAAUUGACGAAAGACAAGACGACGACUUUUACCGGAGCGCAAGCGAGAGUGACAGCUUCUCUAGCGGUGAAGACGAAGAUAAUGUUCCUGCACCUGACUUGAGAGAAGUUAAAAAGAAAUCAAAAAGUAAAGCUGAUUCGCUGAGGGAGAAACCUCCGAUAAGCUCCAAACGGGCCAAACCUCCCCCGCAUGUGGCAUCAACGAACGGAGAUGAAAAUGCGGAUGAUCUAUUAGUGGCGAUUAAGGCUGAAGACUUGUUUGAUGUUAGCGAACGAGAAGAAGAAGAGAAAGGACAAACUCCCGAAGGACAAGAUGAAGAAAAGGAAGACGAGAAGGAAAGAUUCUUCCAACCUGAGGAACAGAACGAAGAUUCUGAGGAUGAGGAUGCUGAAGAGAAUUCUACAAAAAAUUCAAAAAGGCAAAGAAGCAGGGAAGAUGAAAAUGCUAGCGAAAGUGAGGAAGAAGAAAAGGAAGAGGCUGGAAAGGAUGACGAGAAAAGGAGGUUAUCCAAGAACGGUUCGGAUCAGUUGAGGCUGGUCACCACGUCUGUCUCGAAAUUCAAGAAGAAAACCAAGAAGGAAGAACCCAGUCCGGAGACUGGGUUCGAAGAGGAGGAGCAGAGUGGAAAGCAUGAAGAAAUGAAAGAGAAAGAAAAUGUUGAAAAGGGGGAAGAAGAUACGGCUGAACAAAGGGAUGAGGAGGAAAAGGACGAGGACAAGGAAGAGGACGAAGAAGAAGAAGAAGAAGAGGAAGAAGAAGAAGAAGAGCCCAGGGUGGAGUUCACAGUUGACACCAAACCAGAGCAUGAACGUGAUCGACCUGUUUCUGCUCAAAGUGAAGAUUUUGUUGAAGGCUUCCGAGCGGGAGUUCGCGCAAAACAAGAGAAAGAAAGAGAGCAACACAAACACUCUAUCAGCGAGAGUGAAAAUAUCUUGAGGAGAGGUGCAUCAAUUCACGACGCCUCCAAAAAGGGAGACCUUGAACGAGUGAAGGAAUUAAUAAGAGUGGUGCCUGCGAUGAAGAACAUGACAGAUGAACGCGGUUUGAACCCACUUCACAUAGCAGCCGCUAAUGGUCAACUGGAUUGUGUUAAGUGGCUAGCGGUCAGCGGUUUAGACUUAGGCGCAGAGACGCCGACUGGCUAUACCGCCAUGCAUCUGGCAGCUAUGAAUGGUCACGUGAACUGUAUGAUGAUUCUUUCGGCUAUGGGUAGUACAUUGAGCUGCAGAACAGUAGACGAACUUACUCCCCUCCAUUUGGCUUGUAUGAGCGGGUAUGUAAAGUGUGUCAAGUGGCUUAUCGCCAACAGAGCAAAGGUGGACGUUGUGGACAAUAACGGACGAACCCCUCUUGACAUAGCAGAAGAAUAUGGACAUGAGGAGCUGGUGAAACUCUUGAAGAAAUUUAAAAAAGAGCUUACAAGACAGGACAGCACUCUCGCUCAGUUGAUGACCAGGGACCAUAAGCGAAGGAAAAGUAUGGAGUCUGUAGGAAGUGACCAAGAUGGCGGUGCACGGUCCAAAGUGUCGGACAGUGGAGUUGGAGGACUGGAGAGUGAAGAGGAAAAUUGGAUCAGUGAUACUGAGGAGGACUUAACAAUAGAAGGUGGGAAGGAAAGCCGCUCCGACUCUGCCUCAAGGAAUCGCCCGAGCUCUGGAACUGAGCGACCUUCGUCAGCGUCACGUGCUCGGACAGACUCCAUGACUACAAUAGAGGACAAAAAGAAGAACUUUGAGAAACAAAAAAUUAAAAUGAAGAAAAGGAACUCGAGCUUUUUGGACAGCAUAAGGAUGGAAGUUGACAAUGAAGAAGAAUUCUAAAACGCGUUUGUCUGCUUCAUAAGUAAUAUCAAUACUCGGCUCCGGACAAUACUUCCACAGUUUGUUGUCGACUAGCGGGAAAAAGAGAAAAAAAUUGAUUCAAGGUUGAGAAUGUCAGAUUUCCUUUGAGCUGGAUGUAUCAUGGAGUUCAAAGAAAAGAGUGCAGAAUUCUUUGCAUCAAGAGUCUUCAAAGUUCGGGCAAGUGGAAGACAACAAGAGUGGAUUUAUACAGAACAAUUUGAACUUAAUAUAUUUACUAUAUAUAUAUAUAUAUAUAUUUGAUAGGUGUAUCACACCAGAACCUGUGUGUAUUGACCAUUGUGUCGAUUAUAGACUUAGAUGCUGUGCCACCUUGUAGCUUCUAAGAGAUCUUUCAUUUGUAAAGUAGGUGCGCACAGGGUUUCAAUUUCUUACCUUGAUGUGAGUUUUAGAGUACCGUUGUGUAGUGCAUAGCCAAUUUUAUCCAUCCAAGGAUGGCAAACGGCCUAUUUUUAGCGUAGGUACAAGUAAGAAAGGAUUCAGACCAAAUUAACAUGUGCUACCUACAAUCCCGUCGAUGUUACCCAUACUGUCCUACUGCAACAAUCAAGUUAUUCCUCAAACCCUGAAGUAACAGUGCCGGCUACUGUUUUUGUUCGAGUUUAACUAAAAAAAGAAGAAUCUUUUUACCUUCCCUGCCUGAGCUUUCAGCGUUCUUUCAUUUUGUGCCCGCUAAAAUUCCAAACCACAGCUGGGCGUGGUGUCAGUGAUUCCCCAGUCUGGGACACCGUUUACAAUCAUAGGAUUAUUUUUUCCUCGCAUAGAAUUAAACUAGUAGCUAACGGCGUUAUUCGGGUAUCUCCCAACAUACGAUUGCUUUGUCAUGCAGAUGUCCAAUUUUUCCAGGGAUGUGGACAAGAAGUGUAGAUAUAAAUUUGAGGAGAUCUCCGUCAUUACAAAUCAUAUAUUCCGUGUACUCGGUGAAAUGAGGCCAAGAGGCUUUCUCAUUUGUAUUUAGUGAGGUAUGAUACGAUUGCCUAGAAAUAUUUACUCUUCAGGAGUUCCAAAAUAUUUCAUCAAAUUUCCAGGUUAUAAUCAUGCAUCAGUUCAUGAAGUCCACAAUAUUUAUUGAACAACGAAUACACCGUGUUCGUUGCACUUAAAUUCCACAUUAUAAGUAUAAUUAUUUAAGAUGAUCGCCCAAUCACCUUGCAGUAUUUGCCUUGUUGUCCUUUAAUUGGGAGAUCUUUUAAAACGGAAGAAUUGACUUGAGUGUAAACAAGGCGUUUUAUCUUUUGAACAGUAACGAUGAAUUUUCAAAUAAAAGACUUCCAGAGACA